UAGCUGCGUGCGGACAUGUUGUCUUCAUGGAUAUGAGAAUGAUGGUUCGAAGGUGGAAGUGAACCUAUCUUUGCCAUAUUCAUAGCAGGUUAUUUUUCUUUGCACUUCGGAGAUCCAUCUUAAUUAUGCCGAUGAAGUCGUUUGAAGGCGAACAGUAUGUUAUUCCGUCCAAUGUACCAGCAUUUUUAGUAAAGCUUUGGAAGCUUGUUGAAGAUCCACAGUAUGACAUGCACAUCUCUUGGAACAGGAGUGGUUCAGGCUUUCUGGUCCACGACCAAGCGACGUUUGCAAGGGAGAUCCUUCCAAAGUAUUUCAAGCACAACAAUUUCGCCAGCUUUGUACGGCAGCUCAACAUGUAUGGAUUUCGUAAAGUGAUUGGAGCAGAGCAAGGAGGGUUGAGGUCUGACAAUGAUGUCUGGGAGUUUCACAAUCCUAAUUUCCAGUGCGGACAACCACAGCUCCUUGAAAAUGUUAAAAGAAAGGCUGCACCAGAGGAGAAGAAGCUGAAGAAUGAAGAUGUGUCCAAAGUGCUGCAUGAUGUGAAGGACAUGAAGGGAAAGCAGGAUGAAAUGACAGCUAAACUGGAACAAAUGAAAAGAGAGAAUGAGACUUUGUGGAGGGAGCUUGUUGACCUGAGAACAAAGCAUUCAAGACAGCAGCAUGUUGUCAAUAGGUUGUUUCAGUUUCUCAUGAGAUUAGUCUAUCAAAAUGAAGCCAAACUGGCCAAUAAAAAAAGGUUAAUGCUUCAAGAUUCAUCAGAACAUGAAGCUGCAGCCAAGCGUGCAAGACAAGAGUACCCAAUGGACUCCCAUGCACCUAGCAGUCCUCUGGUCAGUCAUUAACCAUAUCUGAUGUAUCAAACUCACCAAGUGAAAUACCAUCGACUAGUGGUCCUCUGAUAACAGCACUGCCUGAUGAUGAUAGUUCAAUGAGUAGCAGAUUAGUAGGCUCACACAGACCAGUUAUUGUAAUCCAAGACAAUAAGAAGAUAAGCACUGCUUCACAACCAAUAGUAACAAGUCCAGUAUCAACACAAGGCCCAAGCUUUGGUCGUUCACCAGCACAAAUGCUAUAUUCAUCAGGUUUGCCUAACUAUUCCCAUUCAUCAACAUCUCAGCCUGCAUACACUACCGGAGUAGUGACCUUCCCUGAAGACCAACAACCACAACAACCUCCUGUCAUUCACCCAUCGCACRUCAUGGAGCCAGCCCACUACUCUGAUCAAYCAACAGGACGCAGAGCAGCAGGACCCAUAAAGCAAUUCUCUGAAGAGGAAAUUCUAGACAGUCGUAACUUCCUGGGAGAGCACAUUGACUACAUUUCAUCCAAUUUAGACUCUCUUCAACAAAUUUUAGCAAACCAGCAGACUUUGUUUGAGGCUCAGGGACUCAAUGAGAUUUUAAAUACUUCAGAAGGAGGAGGAGGAGCAAGCUCUGGAUUUACUGGUUUACCAUCACAACAGGAUCUUCUCGAUGCCAUCGCUGAUCGUGCCAUGCCCAGUCCUUCCCUGUCAUCACAACAAAGUCAUGAGUUAGUACAGUACGGUCAAGGCAUGGGCAGCCCUCAGCGAUCUCUUCGACAACAUGAUAUCCAGAACCAAGGAUACGGACGCAAAAACCUUCCUUGGUCACAAAGUAAUACUCAGCAAGGACAGUACGAAGAGACUGACUCACGUAAUCACUAUGAGGUUCAAGAUUUAUUCAAUGGUUAAAAAGUUUGUAUCGUGACACUUAGCGUGACAGGGAUACACGUCAAUUCCUACGUCACACAACUAYUCAUGGAAGAAAAUUAUAUCGCCAGUAUGACACCUUCCAAGGCUGGGAUGGACGCAAAUCCCGGCAAUAGAUCAUCUACAUUAAGUAUACACCAAAAAAGGACAGMAGUGCAAGUCAAACUAUAUUGUGUGACAUUAUAGAGGGAACCYUAAAUAACUGGCUACUUUGAGGAGCGACUCUCUCUCUUAUGAUUGUCUCGUUAUUUUUGUUGUUCCCGUCAGUCAUUUUAAUUUUUUUAGAUAUUAAUGAAUAGAUUUUGAUCGCUCACGCAAGUGGAGGCUUUAAACGAUACACAGUGUGUCGUCACUUCCGGUUUAGAUAUUUUAUGUUCAGUGAACUGAAAGGAAAGCUGUAAAUUAUCCGUAUUUUUAGAAAUUUAGAAUAGAAUAUAAUCAAUUUCAUAAAUCUUGACGUAGAUGA